AUGAGUAAGAAGGUGAUGUCGCCUAAGUUUUGUUUGCAGCUUGUUUUGGAUUCUCGCUUUGCUAACAUCUUGAAGAUUAUGCUUCUUAGCUUUGAUUCAUGCUUUGAGAAGAUUUCACCAGCAGCAACCUCUAAAGAGGCAUGGAGUAUUCUUUGCAAUUCACACCGUGGAAUUAAGAAGACGAUCAGAGUUCGACUCCAGGUGUUACGUGGCGAAUUCGAGAUGUUGCACAUGAAUGAGAAUGAGUCAAUUUCUGAGUACUUCGACAGAACAUUGACCAUUGUUAAUCAGAUGAGAAGAUAUGGAGAUAACAUGGAAUCUCUUCAAGUGAUAGAGAUGAUUCUCCGAUCACUUAGUCCCAAGUUCAAGUGA